AUGGAGUUUGAUGUGGACUCAUGUUUGGAGUUCACAGGUUUAUAUUUCUUCCUAUCCAGCUCUGUCCUGGUCCUUCUCACUCUCCUCUCAUACUUUAUCCACCACUUCCUCCGCUGGCAGCUGUUGUAUGGCUUCUAUCUGCUCAGAGCGUAUGUUUACCAUGUCCAAAAGAGGAGGCAGGGCUGUGGGGACACCUUCGACGCCUUUGUGUCCUACAACGUUCACGAUGAGGACUGGGUUUACAGAGAGCUGGUGCCAGAGCUGGAGGAGCGCCAGGGCUGGAGGCUGUGUCUGCACCACCGCGACUUCCAGCCAGGGAGAGCCAUCAUAGAGAACAUCACAGAUGCCAUCUACAGCAGAAAGACUCUGUGUGUGAUCAGCCAGCGAUACCUGCAGAGCGAGUGGUGCUCCACAGAGAUUCAGAUGGCCAGCUUUCGUCUGUUGGAUGAGCAGAAGGACGUCCUGAUCCUAUUGUUUCUGGAGGAGCUGUUGUCCAAUCAGCUGAGCCCGUUCUACCGCAUGCGAAGGCUGCUGAGGAGGCGCACGUACCUGAGCUGGAGUCAGGCCCGGAGCCACAGGGGCCUCUUCUGGGAGAGGGUCCGGAGAGCGCUGCAGUGUGGAACCCAGCUCUGCACCAACCCACUGCCAGGGAUGCCAACUAGCACGGAAAAAUAA